GCUGGCAAGCGUUGGCUCCUUAGUCCUUAGGCCAAGCUUCUUCUGUACUCCUCCUCGUCUCUCUCUCGUCUCUCUCUCUCUCUCUCUCUCUCUCCCCGAGAGUGUGUGUGCCUUGGGUUUGGGGCAACGUAAUGUCAAUCUGAAACCUGGGUGUUAUAGCUGCUGAAGAAUAAGAAUCAAGAGCAAGAAAAGAAGGGAAAAAAAUGAGUGCUUCAAGGUUCAUAAAGUGUGUCACAGUUGGUGACGGUGCCGUUGGGAAGACUUGUAUGCUCAUCUCCUACACAAGCAACACUUUCCCUACGGAUUAUGUGCCGACUGUCUUUGACAAUUUCAGCGCAAAUGUAGUUGUGGAUGGGAGCACUAUAAAUUUAGGUCUGUGGGAUACUGCCGGCCAGGAGGAUUAUAAUAGGCUGAGGCCUUUGAGCUAUCGUGGGGCAGAUGCCUUCCUACUUGCAUUCUCUCUCAUAAGCAAGGCUAGUUAUGAAAAUGUUGCAAAGAAAUGGAUUCCUGAAUUGAGGCAUUAUGCACCUGGUGUUCCAAUUGUACUUGUUGGAACAAAACUUGAUCUUCGUGAUAAUAAGCAGUUCCUUAUAGAACACCCUGGUGCAGUACCCAUAACCACGGCCCAGGGGGAGGAACUGCGAAAGCUGAUUGGGGCUCCACUUUAUGUUGAAUGCAGUUCAAAAACACAGCAGAAUGUCAAAGCUGUUUUUGAUGCGGCCAUAAAGGUGGUUCUCCAGCCACCGAAGCAGAAGAAGAAAAAGAAGAGAAGUGGACAUAAGGCAUGCUCCAUAUUGUGAUUGAGAAAUUCGGUCAAAAAAUAUUGUGAUUGGGAAAUAAAUCGUUCCCUUGGAAGAUGUUAUCACUAAUCAGCCAUGCAUGCCUUCAGUCUCUCAAAGUCUCUGUGUCCCUAACAAUUCGAAACCUGGAGGAAGAAACAAUCUGCGCUGUAGUAUCAACUGAUAGAAGUAGGACCUUUUUUCGAAGCAUCAAGUUGCCUUUGUCAUUUUAUUGGCUGUGUGCUGAUUUGUAUAUUAAUGAUUCACACUGCUUGGUAUAUCGCACAGCUUUACUGUUUCAGGCUAGAUUUAGCUUAUGCAUUAACUCUAAAACUCAGCUGUUUCCUCGUGUAGACAUGCUAAUGUUAAUGUUUUGAUUCAGUA